AUGUUCCGUCCAGUGGCCCCGCGCACCGAGGAGCUCGGUGGUACAGGGCAGGAGCAGCAUCCGCCCGCCACCGAGAGGCCACCAAGCAGGAGAAGUGUGCAGCCGGCCACUUCGGACCCGUUGGCCAGCUCAACGAUCAUGCGGCCCGCCACGGAAAGGCCAACGUCAAGAGGGUCAUCCGUGAGCGAAGUGGACGAGUUAGUGCGGAGAGCUCGGUACGCCAAGCGUGAGCUAACGGCCGUGAUGAAGGAGCUUGGCGACAUCGUCAUUGACUCAGCGUCGUCUAUCGCAGAUGAGCUCGACGACGAAUACAGAGCGAUGGACGUUGAAUGUGAAGAUGCGCGCGCGCGAAGCGCGCCAGGCGAGCAUGGCGGCAUACUAGAGAAAGUGCGCCAUCACGAACAGAUCCGCCAUCGCGGUUUAAGUGCUCCAGCCGCACACUCCGAUGCAGUGCUGGAAGCGGAAUUUAAACGGAUCGACGAGCAGUACGAGCAACGAAUGCUCGAAGAAAAACUGCGCGUCAUUGAGGAGUGCGAAAAGCGUCGGCAGGAGGAAAAACGACGCCUACUUCACGCCUCACUCCGGCAGCCUACACGCGUCACUGCGAGGCAGCCGGAACCAGCAGUGAACGGAAGCCACUCCGAAAGCUUCGAGCUGCUGAACCAAAGCCAACUUUCGGCAAGACAGUGCACGAGCCGAGAGUUGCCAACGUUCUCCGGGGACCCGCAGGAGUGGUCGGUGUUUAUCGCCAAUUAUAAGCACUCUACGGCCAUCUGCGGGUACACCAAUGAAGAGAACCUGCUUCGCCUUCAACGGUGCCUUAAAGGGAAGGCACGGGACGCCGUGGAAAGUUGCCUCUACCAUCCGUCAAGCGUACCGGAUGCAAUCGACAUCCUGACAGAGUGCUAUGGCCGCCCGGAGCUCAUUGUGGAGUCGUUGAUGACCAAAAUUCGACGGAUGCCACCACCAAAGGACGACCGAUUUGACACCCUGGUCGAUUACGGUGUCGCGGUCAGGAACCUGUGUGCGGCGAUGAAGAGCUGCGGUCUACAGGAGUAUCUCAGCGGAGGAUCGCUGUUGAACGAGUUGGUGGAGAAGCUGCCACCGACGGUGAGGCUGAACUGGUUUUACCAACGGAACAUCAACGGGGGGGCAACACUGUUGGCCUUCAACGAUUGGAUGAAGGAGCUAGUCAGCGCAGCUUGCCAGGGUGUUAAGCCAAUCUCCCGGGACUUACAACGCGAAGGCGGUGGUCGCUCAGGCCACCCGCGUAAGUACGCUAACGUGAACGUCCAUAUCUCAGGUCAGUCUGCAGAGCCCGUCACCGUGAAUCAUGGGGAACCCUGUUCCGUGUGUUCAGGGAAGUGUUCCAGUCUGGCAGAGUGCGGCAAAUUUCUCGGCAUGGACGUCAAUUCGAGAUGGCGGUACAUCAAGACCCACGCCGUGUGCAGAACCUGUCUGAAGAAACAUCCGCGUUUUUGUCGUGUGGAUGUGUUGUGCGGUGUGAACGGGUGUAACCGACGGCACAACAAGCUGCUCCACGACGAGGAUUUUGUACGACAACGCCAGUCAGGAAGAGCCGCCGAGAAAACGAUGAGCUGCAACCUCCACGUUGGUCCGUAUGAUGGUGUGCUCCUCAAAUACAUCCCGGUGACGCUGCACGGAAAGGGCAGAACCAUCAAUACGCUCGCACUGUUGGAUGACGGUUCGACGGCGACCUUUAUGGACCACUCGUUGGUGGAAGAGCUGGGUCUUGUCGGACAACCCCGUCCGCUCUGUAUCUCCUGGACGGGAAACCAAGGACGUCGAGAGGAGCAAUCGGUUGAAGUGUCACUGAAAAUCUCCGGAGUUGAAAGUUCCGCAAUUUUCGACCUUCACUCAGUACACACCGUUGCCAGCUUAAGUCUGAGGAAGCAGUCGGUUGCGCCCUCGGUCAUAAGCGAGGAGUACGAGUACCUCAAGGGACUUCCGCUGCGUGGGUACACCGCCAAGGCUCCACGAAUCCUUAUUGGGGUCGACAACAUUUUCGUUGGACAGGCGCUGAGAACCGUGGAACGAGAGCCGAACGAACCAGCCGCUUCAAAAACUCGUCUCGGUUGGGUGUUGUAUGGGCCAUACAAACAGCCCGCCUCUAAAGAUGUAAAGAUGGCAUCGGUAAAUGCCCACAUCUGUCCGUGCAACAAAGAAAGAGAUGAUAUAAUAAACAUGGCAUUGAAACACUACUUUACGCUAGAGUCACUUGGGAUAUAUCGACCGACUACAAGUUUACGUUCGCGGGAUGAGGAACGCGCGCUGAUGUUGCUUGGAACCAGCGUUCACUUAAAGGAUAAUCGCUAUGAGGCUGGUCUGCUGUGGAAGAACGAGGAUGUUAAGUUGCCUGAUAGCCGAGCAAUGGCCCUAAAGCGACACGAGUGUCUCGAAAGAAAAUUGCGAAGAGAUCCCGACCUGGCUAAAGCAAUGCACAACAAGAUCGUGGAGUACGAGCAGAAAGGGUACGUCAGAAAGCUCACUCCCGAGGAGCAGGUUACUCGAACGCCAAACGACUGGUACCUGCCGAUCUUCCCGGUGACCAAUCCGAAUAAGCCUGGGAAGAUUCGAGUAGUGUUCGAUGCGGCGGCAAAGGCGAACUGA